AAAUGUAAUCUGUGUGAAUCUAUAGCGCCAAGAGGGUUUAUAUUAUUUUUUCCUUAUUAAUAUUGGUUAUAAUAAACGAGUUAUAUUCUAAUAAAUAUAUUGAAUGUGCUACAAAUCAAUUAACCUACUGAAAUUGUUGUUUAUUAAACAAAUAAAAUAUCAAUUACCCAAUGUAAAAGCAAGUUUGGCAAGAAAAAUUGCAUUCAGUGACAAAGAAAAAAAACGGAAUAUUGAAACAAAGGUGGAAUAAAAGUGCAAAGGGUAAACAGAAGAAUGAAAUGAAUAGCAAAUAAAAUGAACCAUACAAAGGCCGAAUCAAGACGCAUAAAAUAUAGCAGUGGAGAAAAAAUCAAAUAAUAUAAAUUGUCGAUUUUUUUUUGUUCCUACGCCGUUCAUAUAUGUUAAUUUCUUUAGAAUACACAGUGUUUUGAUAUUGUGCUCACGUAAAAUGCUAAAAUAUUGACACAAGAAAAGUGGAAAUCGGAAAUAUUUCGUGUGAUUCGUUCUCGUUUAAUACUUAGUGCAGUUGCAUAAAAUAACAAGCUGUAACGCGCUGACGUCAAUAUUGAAAAUAAAUAAAAAACUGAUAGCAGUGGAAGUUUUUGACCGAUUUGUUGGACAUAAAUAUUAGUUAAAUGGAGGGUACGGAUGGAUCACCCCCACCUUCCCUGUGCAUUGUACGCGCGACUGAGUUUUUCCCAAGAUUAAGAAUGGAAAAAGAAGAUCCCAGUUUGGAAGUACCAUAUCAAGAACUUGCUGGUGAAUUCGUCUUAUAUCUGGGACGUACUGAUGAUGGCAUUUUAUCGCUCUCAACAUACCGUAUAUUUAUAUUAAAAAAUUCAAAUAACUCAGAGACAUCUGUGCCGCUGGGACUAAUCGAAAAUUUGCAGAUACGUGAGCUGUUUCAUCUAAUCAUCAAUUGCAAGGACGCUAGCACCGUUAAAUGUUCCUUUGCAACAGCCGAACAGUGUGCCGAAUGGCUACGACGCAUACAAUUGAGCGUUGGUGUGCCAGAAACAUUGGAAUCGCUAUUCGCAUUUCCCUUUCACUCGUACAUGAAUGAUGCAAUAAAUAUGCAAAGUGAUGCUUACAAUGCUCCCGAGUACCUGGAACGCUUACAACGCGCCACACGUGCAGAUGAAGAUUUUAUGCGCGAAGUCAUACGAAUGGGUUUCGAUCUGAACGGUACAUGGCGUAUUUCCAAAGCCAAUGAGGAUUUCAAAUUAUGUCCGUCAUACCCGCAGCGGUUACUGGUGCCCGCGUGCAUUUCUGAUGACAUGCUUUACGAAGUGUCGAAAUUUCGUGGUUCGCGUCGUUUGCCAGCCGUUGUGUGGCGGCACAAAAAAUCGGGUGCAGUGAUUGCGCGUUGCAGUCAACCCGAAGUGGGUUGGUUCGGUUGGCGUAACAACACCGAUGAACAAUUACUCAAGGCAUUGAGCGAGGCGUGUGCAUUCGAUCGUGGAGAGCAGAUGCGUCGUCAAAAUCAGCCGAUCAAUCCACCGGCACCAAAACCGGCAUCGGGCGAGAGUUCGCCCACAAACACGGACGGUAGUCAUGAGGAAGUGACAUUGGAUGUAGUGCAGAAAGUCCUUAUUGUCGAUGCGCGCAGCUACACUUCUGCGGUGACGAAUCGCGCACGCGGUGGCGGUUGCGAAUGCAUUGAAUAUUAUCCGUCGGCUGAAAUCGAAUUCAUGAGUCUGGGUAAUAUACAUGCUAUACGCAAAAGUUUUCAAGCGUUAAGACAACUCUGUGCCGCGCCAGCAGAUUGUCCAAAUUGGCUCGGUAUGCUCGAGAAGACAAUGUGGCUGCAGCAUCUCUCUGGCCUAUUGACCGCUGCCGUCACUGUUUGUCAUGCAAUUGAAAAGAAAGGGCGACCAGUGUUGGUACACUGUUCGGAUGGCUGGGAUCGCACGCCGCAGAUUGUGGCCACAGCACAAUUGUGCUUGGAUCCAUACUACCGUACCGUCGAGGGUUUCCGAGUAUUAGUCGAACGAGAAUGGUUGAGUUUCGGCCAUAAAUUCUCAGAUCGUUGUGGUCACGGCCCCGGUUCGGAUGAGCUGAAUGAACGUUGUCCAGUUUUCCUGCAAUGGUUGGAUUUAGUACAUCAAAUACACAAGCAAUUUCCAUGUAGUUUCGAAUUCAACAUGGCUUACUUGAUCAAAUUAGCACAACACUCACAUUCGUGUCUUUUCGGUACCUUCCUGUGUAACACAUACAAGGAACGUUGUGAAAAGUCGGUGUUUGAGCGUACCUACUCAGUAUGGCCUUUCCUAUCAGGACCAAUGUAUAAAAGUCCACUUUAUUUACCAAAUAAAGAUCAGGUGAUUUGGGCUGCGCACAAUGUACGCGACCUACACUUAUGGACCGAUGUUUACUUAGGAAGUUUGGGAAAUCAAAAUAGCGUUGAUUUCGUAAAUAAUAGCAACGAUAAUUUGCAGGGAAUAAUAAAUCCGAUCAUAUUUGUAGCUCCUAUGAUUAAGACGCGUUCGUACGGCGAUUUGGUCUCGGCAAAUAUUAUGCAGAGUGGAAUCUCACGACGUUCCAGCGACCCGAAUAUGACUGUGGAGCCAAAUUUGACAAUGGCUACAAAUUCAGAAAAUAAUUCGAACGCCGAUGCACAAUCCGAACGUGAAGAUUUGGCCGAUAAUGUUAUUAACACGAUACAGCGAAAUGAAAAUCCGGAUGAAGACAACUUUAUGGAUGUCGCAAACAAUACAGAGGAAACACAAACAGUUAAUUCACAGCCUAGAGAUACUAUAACGAAUACUGAAGAUACACUUCAGCAGGAUAAACCUACAGACUGCAACAACAGAUCACCAACGGCUUUAAACAGCAAUGAACACCAAGAGCACAAUGAUGAAACAAAUGAUAAUUCAAAUGAAAGCAACAUUAAGCCUAAGACUAACGGUAUCGAGCAACGGAAUGACAAUGCGAAUGAGGCCACAGUUAGCCGGGAAAUUAGAGACUCGGGUGGCGGCGACAAUUCAAACGCAAUAUUUAAAGCAAAUACCAGCGAUGAUCUUAUGAUAAGUGUAGACUUGAAUGAUGCCAGUCACAAUGUUGAUGAAACUACAGACAGACACUGCGAUUGGCAUGAUGCUGUCAGUACCAGCCCAGACACUUUAGUACCAAACACUAAUCGUGCAGAAAUGUCACCCUUGCCUACCCGAGCGGAAGCCGAUGUUACAGAUGGUUUUCACACACCUGAAAAACUAUCCACAUCGUCAGACAGAGAGGAGCUUGGCUUAAGUUCUCCGUAUGUUCUAUUAAAACAAGAGCGAGCAAAUGCUUCACCUAAAAGCAAAAAUGACAACAAACCUGCCGCCAAUGGCGUUAAUAGCAGUAUUAUGCCAAAUGUUCAUGGCACAAAUGGUACCUCCUCGAAUCGUGCAAAUAUCUUGUCAAAUUCAUCUAGUAAUGCCUCCGUCUCAUCUGCAUCGUCUUCGCUCAACAUCAAUAAUACGAAAAGCAAUAGCAACAAUAGCCUCGCAACAACAAUGACAACAGCCACAGAUCAAAGCGCAAAUGAUGUUGCUGAUAUGGAUGCCGAAGCUGGUGCCGUUGGUUUUACAGAGGCAGCCGCUCAAGCGAGUUCGAAUGAUGCCAUGAAUGAGAGCAUCAUUAUUUUGCCAGAACAUCGAAAAUUGCAAAUAUCGGUUAGUGGCAAGUGUGAGGCUAUCUCGAAUAAUGGUUCGUCCUUACCAACGUCACCAACUGGCUCUGACGAAAAGCCAAGUACCAGCCGUGCAUGUCGUCCAAACGGUAGAAAUGAGAAUGUUUGGAACGGUCGAGUCGCUGGAAGCACUAGAAAUAAUGCUGGUGGUGAUAGUGCCAGUGGAGGCGCUAGCGGUAGUGGCGGCGCUAGUGGUAGUGGUGGCGCUAGUGGUAGUGGUGGCGCUAGCGGUAGUGGCGGCGCUAGCGGUAGUGGCGGCGCUAGCGGUAGUGGCGGCGCUAGCGGUAGUGGCGGCGCUAGUGGUAGUGGCGGCGCUAGCGGUAGUGGCGGCGCUAGUGGUAGUGGUGGUGGUGGCGCUAGAGAUAGGGUUGGCCCUAGAUGUAGGGCUGCUGCUGGUGGUGAUGAUGAUGAUGAUGAUAUAUACGAAAGGUUGCGAUGUCAGAAACUAAAUGCACAUGCCAAACGUUGUUUUGAAGGGUAUAACAUGCGACAUCAUCAAAACGCAGGCAUGUCACGUUAUCAUAUGCUUGGUGCGCGCUCCUUACCGAUGACACCGCCUCAACAAGAACGAGCACAAAUGACCUAUUCCUGCCCUGACGGUUUGGCGCAUGCGUUAAGUGAACAAAAUAUGCGUCUACAACAAAUUGUGCUAGAACAUAAGAUGCGAGAGGAUAUGCUUUUGCACGAAAUACAUGAAAUGCGUAUGGUACUGCUGAAGAAAAGAUGCCCAAAUUGCAACGUUGUUCCAACUUGUGAUACAAAUGAAGAUCAGGUAGACGAACUCUUAGUUAGCCGAAGUAGAUUUCGUGAAUGUACUAAGUGUCAAGGCUUCAAUGCGAGAUCGUGUACAAAGUGUAAAUUACUAUUGCAACAGCAGCAAUAUCGACAACAACAACAACAACCACAACCACUGCAAAAUCAACCCAGACCACGUUGUCAUACUGCGGUUGAUUAUCGUGAUCGUGAUCGAUUUCCACAUCGUUUAUAUAAUUGCCAUUGCCUUUGCCAGAAUAAUAGUCAUCACCAGCGUAAACGUUAUCAUAGUUUCAGUUGUAGCCUUUGCUAUAAGAAAGAUGAUAAUAUGCUGACUGACGACGAUAGUGAUGUCAUCACCAUGACGUUGCUCAGACGUAAUUGUGAUUAUGCUGAUAGCAAUAGUUCUUUGUUAACGUGUUCAGCGGCCGAUAAUUUAGAGAAUGCUUCAAUAUGCUCAUGGGAGGCUGUAGAAGAUCGCAGCGCUCCAUCGUCUAGCGCUAGUUCCUCCAUACAACAACCAAACACCACAAGUGCCCUCUGGGUACCAGAUCAUGCUGUGAAACGUUGCACCAGCUGUCAAGUCGAAUUCUGGAUAGGCCGCAGAAAACAUCAUUGCCGCUCGUGUGGGCAAAUAUUUUGUGCUGACUGCUCUGAGUUUUGGGCACCGCUACCUGAUGCAAAGCUUUUUAAACCCGUAAGAUUGUGUGGACCCUGUUAUCUUGCCGUAACUACGCGACUAGAGCAACAGAGCAACGCAACCAUCGCAACAAAUAUGCCAAAUUAUACAGUCACAAGCACCAGCACAACGGCUGCCGCUGCUGCCUGGACGACUGGAGGAGCCACAACAAUCAAUUCGCCCAAAUUAGCGGCGGCUGCAAGCGCCAAUGCAACAGAAGUCACAACAACUACGACCAAUACACCUGCGUUGAGCAACACAAUGGCUACUAUGUUACAACAACAACAACAACAGCGGCAACAACAGCAACAUCAACAACAGCUUAAGCAGCGACAUAAUGCAGCUACGGCAACUACAGCAACAUCGGUAACAACAAAUAGUACAUUAACUAAAUUGCAUCAGCAGUCAGUUGCAGUGCAUGGCGCUGGCAUGGCCACUGUUAACCCAGCCAUUACACCUGCCUCGAGUACAAUGUUAAUGGCGCCAAUACCUAUAACAGCAGCGGCCGCAGCUGCUGCCGACGCGUUGCAACAGCAACAACAAAGACAGAAUGCAGCCGCGGCAGCAGCGACUGCCAGCGCUACUGUGGCCGUUGCAGCGGCCGAGAGCAGCAGCAUGUCGCACAUAUUGAUGACAGCGAACAAAAAUAUUGCAGCCAGCGUUGCAAAUUGAAAAGGCCUAAAGUGCAUCAUUUGAUUUUAUUUCGUAGCAGAAAUUGAAUUCUAAUGAGCAUCAUUAGUUUUAUAAGAGACACCUCUAACUAAAAACAAAAAAAAAAUGUUAAUGCUGUUAAAUCUGAUCGUAAGUAAGUUUAGCAGUGAAUGUAGGUGUUCACAUCGCACUACGGAGAGUGACGAACGCGAGAGAGACUGUGCUGCCAGACUGUCGGCAACUUUGUUGCUAUCGUGCCUAGACAUGUGUGGAUUAUAUUGCUUAACGCCGCGUGCUUGUAUUAUUAUUAUUAUUUUUAAUUUUAUUUUUUUUUUUGAAAUUGUAUACGUUGACUUUUUUGUUGUAUACUGUGGUCAAGUUGCACACACAUAUGACCAUUGUAUGUAGUAACUCUCAUGUUGCAAUUUUACAUAAGAAUUUAUUUUAAAUUAAUCGGAACUUUUUGCUUAAUUGCUGAAAAAACGGUAUUCAUAAAAAAACAAGUUCGGUGAGAAGUUUGUUUGCAAAAAAAGUUUAGUUUAUAAAAUAUAUUAUUAAAGUAAUUUCAAAAUCUAUACACUUAAGACACUUGACUUUAUAUGUGUAUGUGUACGUUUAUAAAUUGAUAAUUGGAGUUAAUUGCUAAAAUAUUUUGAAGAAAACGUUACAAAUGGACUAAAAAACAUUAUUGGAAAACUUUAAAAGAAAAACUUGCACUAAAUAAUGUAUUGAAAUUUUCUUUAUUUCUUUAUUAUUUAAUUUAGUGCAAAAUAUUAAUUUUCAUUAUUUGUUGUUAAAGUCUAUUACUACAAAAAAAAACAAAAAAAAAAAACAAAAUAAUAAAAAACGCAGAAAAAACGAGUUAUAGCAAAGGUAAUAAAUUAAAAACAAAAAUUUAAAAUUGUAUUCGAAAAGGAAAAUAGUAAAAUCAUAAACCAAAAAUUAUAUAUAUAGCUAUAAUUAUAUAUACACACACACAUAAUAUUGACGAAUGCAUUCAACGCGAAUUGUUUAAAAAGAAAACAAGCAACUAGAAGCUGCGUGCUUUUACUUACUAAUAAAUGUGAAAUUUACAAUAUUUGAUUAUUUGUAAGUGAAUACGAAACAAACAAAAAAAAUGGUUAUGUUUAAAUUAACUUUGCCCCUCCCUCACACUAUAUUGAAAAACACACUUGAAUGUAUGUAUGUAUUUACUAUUAGGAAUUUUAAUUAUUAAAGAAAUUUAUCAUUAUUGCUUAUAACAAAAUAAAACAAUGCAAAUGAAAUACGAGAAAAAAAAAUUACAAAUGUUAUUUUGACGCUAAAAAUACUUAAAUAAGGUAAGUGUUCGUAUUUUAUUUAUUUAGAAAAUUUAAGUAUUUAUUAAAAGAUAAUUUUAAAUUUUCAGAUAUCUUUCUACAAGCAAAGUCCUCUAUGCAACUUUAUUUUUGACUUCCCUACAAAGGCUGUAAUUACUAUUUGGACUUUUCUUCGAAAUUACAAUAAUUACAUUUUUCGAAAUAUUACGAAAAUUAUUUUAAACCAGAAUUGGGGAGUUUUGAAAUCACAAGAAUUGAAUACGAGUACAAGCCAAGAGCAUUGCAUAUAAUUUUUUGCUACAAUAGUGGCCUUCUUCCAGAAAUGUAUGGAGUAUCUUUAUUCUAUAUUCCGUUAAUUAAACGAGCCAAAUAUGUAAGUACGCUGUUUUGUAGGCAUGCUACAGCGUUUACAUAUGUUUAAAUAUUUACUUACCGAUGUUCGUUUAAUAGCUAAAUAUUAAAUAUUUUCUAGUAGAUACGUGCUAACUACUCAUAUAGCUCUGAGAAGUAAGCAGGCACACUGAUCAAAAUUACGACAACAGAUAAGGUAAUCUUAAACAAUACUAAAAUAUUUGCUCACGGAGACAUGUUAUGCGUACGUAAAUAUAUGAACGUGUACAUAGCUACAUACUAUAAACGUUUAAUAUUAAUAAUUUUGCAAUAGCGAUAGGAGGUUUCUUAAAAAAUCUUUUAUUUAUUUUAUAUAAUAUUUUACUUUCAUUCAAGUACCUCUGUAGGUUGUAUAACCAAAGGGAUUCAAUAGCAAUGGAAUAUGGUAGUGUUGACCCUGUUCACACUGUACUACAAUUUCAAUAAACGGAUAGAAACUAUUAACGCCACGUUCAGCAUGGUAUGGUUUCACAUCAAAGUGUAACUUAUAGAUGCCGGCUUUGUAGUGCGAGGCGGGCACUAAUUGGUUCACACGACCAUCCUGAUUGGUUGUUUCCACAUUCAAUUUCUGCCAGUUGUUUUCGCCCUCCAGGCGGUAAAUGGUUAUGUUAACAUUGGCUGCCGCCUGACCCACUGUGGUGUCCAAUAUAUGUGCGGAUAUAGUGCGUCCAUCAGCGCUCACAUUAUUAUUGGUAACCGGCUCGAAACCCUAAACUCAUACAGAGAGGAAUAUUAAGCUUCAAAUUGAAUAAGACAUAUUUUAAUUUGAUUAUGUUACCUCUUUGGUCUCGACACGUAGACGAAUGCGUUCCCAGCUACUGCUCAUUGUGCUAUGAUAUCUUAUGGAAAAUAUACUGAGUGACAGUAUGAGCGCUGCACUUAUCUUCAUUUUUUUUUAUAAUGUAUAUUCCUCUUAUUGUUUAUCUUCUGUAUGAGAUAGUCGACGUACGAGUUUGGAUUGUUUAUCAAAUUAAUCUGAAAUAAGGUUUAUAUACUAUAUAGAUUUCAAUUGACUACCUUAGCUUUUUAAUAUGUUUGUGUAUGUGUAUAUAUGGUAACGGUGUUUUUGAUAUUGAAGAUAUUUACUAAACGUUUUAAUUGCAAUUAUGCUAUUAUUUUAAUAUUCGUAUAUGUUAUUAUAUUCAAUUUGAGGGAUAAUAGCUUUUGUGUUAGUUGAUCAUUGUAAAAGUCUACAUUUAUAUUUAUACAUUGUACUUGAUUCUAGUUUUUCUGGGUGAAAAUCAAGUAUCUGUAAAAAAGUCACUUAAGUAUGUAAAUAUAUCCUUUAGAACACUACGGUUUUUUGAAAUCCUUCUUCCGACACUACCGUAUAAGUUCUUAUAUAGUCACUUAGCUACUGAAAAUUUAUUUAUGCAAUUUUAUAUAAACAGCUCAAAGCGCUGUGUCUAGUAAAUGCAUUUUUAGAUUGUUUUCUUAGAAUUAAUUAUUUUUUUGCCAGAAGUAUACUCAAAGGUUAUAAGUGCUGUUUAAUGUAAAUAAUGCAAAUAUUAAUAUAUACAUAUAUACGGACACAUGUAACACCAAAAAGUAAAUGGGCCUAAAUUUUGCUGUUAUAUGGGGUACUGAGAUUCGGUUAUUUCUAUAAAAUUAAUGACAAAGAUAUUUAAAUAAUAACUCUUGAUGCACUUAUGUGGUUAGGUGAAUCGAUCAAGUAAUUUUUUUAUACUUCACCUUUCUUUAUGCUCGAUCUAGUAAAAUAACCUUUAGUACAGUAUAUAACAAUUUAUUUAACAAUAUUUUUAUAGUAACACAAAAUAUGUGUAAAUGCAUACUCUGCAUUAUAUUUUUAGUACUCAAACCAAUUCAAGUUUUUUUCGUUCUACAAAUAUAAAUUUAUAAAAUUAUAGACAGCAUAACUACAAAACAUUUUGAAGUGAAUACCCCACAUUAGGUUUUAGAACACAAAACUGUUCCAAUUUCAUUGGAAACUAAUUUAGUACAAAAUGCAACUCUGCUCAGCAACAGAACAUAUACAACCCUGCAUUUCCAACGCCAUUUUCCUAUGCGCUGCUUUCACAUUUUCCUCAUUCUUUUUCCGGUGGUCGACUAGUUCGGUUGUGUUUCCAAUCUCUAAUUUAGCUAGUGUGUUCAAGAAAAUAUUUUGGAUACAUAACUGAGUAAAUUGUGUUUGUGUGUAAGGUGAGAAAAUAUAAUAUAGACAACAUGGAUGGUGGUAUAAAAGUUGAAGGAGUUAAUGGCGCUGCUCCGCUACCACAAAGGGCUCAAAAGAAUAUGCCACAAGGUAAUAAAAAGCCCAU